AUGACCAACGCUCUCGACGCUCUCAAGGCUACCGGCACCGUUGUCGUCUCGGACUCGGGCGACUUUGGGUCGAUCGCCGAGUACAAGCCCCAGGACGCUACCACCAACCCCUCCCUCAUCCUCGCCGCUGCCAAGCUCCCCGCCUAUGCCAAGAUCAUCGACGGCGCCGUUGAGGCCGGCAAGAAGCACGGCGGCACCGUCGACGAGCAGAUCGACUAUGCCGUAGACAGCCUUCUCGUCGAGUUCGGCCGCCAGAUCCUCGAGAUUGUCCCUGGCCGCGUCUCGACUGAGGUUGACGCCAAGUACUCGUUCGACAAGGAGGGAACCAUUAAGAAGGCCCACGAGCUCCACGCCCUCUACGCUAAGGCCGGUGUCGACAAGAGCCGUGUCCUCAUCAAGAUUGCUUCCACCUGGGAGGGUAUCCAGGCUGCCGCCGAGCUCGAGAAGCAGGGCGUCAACUGCAACUUGACCCUCCUCUUCGGCUUUGCCCAGGCCGUGGCCUGUGCCGAGGCCGGUGUCACCCUCAUCUCGCCCUUCGUUGGCCGUAUCCUCGACUGGUACAAGAAGAGCACCGGGCAGGAGUACACCGCCGAGACCGACCCUGGUGUCAAGUCGGUCGCCCACAUCUACAACUACUACAAGCAGCACGGCUACAAGACGAUUGUCAUGGGCGCCUCGUUCCGCAACACGGGUGAGAUCAAGCAGCUCGCCGGCGUCGACUACCUCACCAUUGCUCCCAAGCUGCUUAAGGAGCUCCAGGACUCGGACGCGGCCGUGCCGGCCCUCCUCUCGGUCGACAAGGCCAAGCAGGCGGAGCCCAUCCCCAAGGCGUCGUACAUCAACGACGAGGCCAAGUUCCGCUGGGCCCUGUUCUCCGAGCAGAUGGCGUUUGAGAAGCUCUACGAGGGUAUCCGCGGCUUUGCCAAGGACGGCAACACCCUCCGCGAGCUCGUUGCUUCCAAGAUCAAGGCUUAA